CACGACGGGCUGAGGAGGAUCACCGACGAUCACCCAACACCCAGCCGGCGGCAGAGCUAGCUAGAAACCGGCAGCAGCAGGCCAGCUAGCUACAAGAUCAUGGCGGCGGCGCGCAACGACGACACGGCCACCAUCAUCAGCUCCGAGCCCGCCGCCGGGAGGAGCAGGUGGUCCCUUCGUGGCAUGACGGCCCUCGUCACCGGCGGCACCCGCGGCAUCGGGCGUGCCGUGGUCGAGGAGCUGGCGGCGCUGGGCGCGGCGGUGCACACGUGCUCCCGGAACGAGGCGGAGCUCCGCGACCGCCUGGCCGAGUGGGAGGCCGCCGCCAAGACCAACGGCGGCGGCGGGGUCGUCACGGGCUCCGUCUGCGACGUGUCGGCGCGUGACCAGCGAGAGCGUCUCCUCCGCGACGUGGCCGAGCGCUUCGGCGGCAAGCUCAACAUCCUGGUGAACAACGUGGGCACCAACUUCGGCAAGCCGACGGCGGAGUACACCGCCGAGGACUACGCGUUCCUGAUGUCCACCAACCUGGAGUCCGCCUACCACCUGUGCCAGCUCGCCUACCCGCUGCUGAAAGCCCCCGCCGCCGCCGCCGGCAACGGUAACGGCGGCAGCGUGGUGCUCGUCUCCUCCGUGUGCGGCGGCGUGGCAGUGUGCACGGGCUCCGUCUACGCCAUGGCGAAGGCCGGCAUGAACCAGCUGGCGAGGAACCUGGCGUGCGAGUGGGCCGGCGACGGCAUCCGGGCCAACUCCGUUGCGCCGUGGUACACCAGGACGCCGCUCGUGGAAGGGGACCUGUCGCGGGGGCAGUACGUGGAGGAGAUCCUCCGGCGGACGCCGCAGCGGCGCGUCGGCGAGCCCGAGGAGAUCUCGUCGCUGGUGGCCUUCCUCUGCAUGCCCUGCGCGUCCUACAUCACCGGACAGACCAUCGCCGUCGACGGCGGCAUGACCGUCAAUGGCCUCUACCCCAGCUCAUCGCCGUCAGGACUAAGCUACAGUAAUUAAUGAAGAAAUUAACCAGCGACGCGUCAAGGAAUAGCUUGAUGAAUGAAGAAUAAAGUACUUAGUUAUUAGUACCAAUAAGGGGGAAUACAGAUGUUGGAUAAAAUUUGGAGAAUAUGGGCACAUUAUUGCACAUGGAUAUAUAGAAUUUCCAACUUAAUUCUCGACAACGAUGACAUUGAA